GAGAGAGAGAAGAGAACGGGGUAGCAGUAGCAGUAGCAAGAGGCAUUGCAGGACCAGCGGUCCGGUCCCUGUGCUGCGCUGCGCAGCGCUGCAGGUAGGUGCGGUGGUGGGGGUGAAGUGGAGAGAGAGAGAGCGGGCGUCUGGCACGCACUCUGGCCCUUUCCCCUUCUUGCGCCUAGCCCAGCCUCCCUCCCAGGCUCCCACCCUCUCCGUCGAGAGAGAGAGAGAGAGAGAGAGUGUUCUGCUGCUGCUGCUGCUGCUGCUACUGCCUGGUAGGAGUAGAGUGCUAGCCCCCCCGCCAGGUCGAGACGAGACGAGACGGGACGGGACGGGUAGAUGAGGAGGGAGGGAGGGAGGAGGAAGAGAGUAGCAGCAGCAGCUCGUGACUAGCAGCAGCUCAUCAGUGAGUGAGUGGGUUGCGGACGACCACAUCCAUCCGUUCCCGUUCCCAUCCCCAUCUCCACCUCCCCCUCCUCCUCCUCUGGGCUCUGGCUCUCCCUCCCUCCCUCCCCUUGCCCUUCCGGAGCAAGAAUCAGGGGGUCGUAAUGGGGCAGAUGGGAGGACCCGACGGCGACGGCGACGGCGGCGGCGGGGGCCCGCACCACCAGUACCACUACCAGGCCCUCCUCGCCGCCGUGCAGAAUCCCAGCCAGGGCCUGCACCCCUUUCCCCUCCCCUUCCACCUGCCUCUCCACGCAGGGGCGCCCGCCGCCGGACCUGUUGUGGCUGAUGCUGAUGCCGCCUCCACACACGGUGCCAAUGCCAAUGCCGCUCCCCACUCUCAGCCUCCAAGAGGUUUCACCGAUUGGAGCCCGUCCAACAGUGCCUUCGCCGCCGUUGCCGCACAGCCCGCCCCUGCUACCACCAAUACACCCUUCCAUUACAACGUCCCCCAGUCUUAUGCCCUGUGGACCCAUUACAUGCUUAACAAGAAUGUAUCCUGCUCUACUUACCCUACACAACAUGAGGAGAAUCCCCACCCAUUGCGCCAGACCCACAUCCCGGAGGAGAAUCCCCACCCAUUGCGCCAUUCCCACAUCCCGGAUAAGGAUUCAGGUUGUGCAUCCAGCCUUGGGUUUGACUCUUUCACUACAAUGUCCCUUGGACCAAAUAUUUGUGCCCACAUGACGCCCAUGGAAGGAUCUAUAUCUGCCAAAGAACCUGAGAAUUCACAGGAUUUGCCUGCAGUAGUUAGAAGCAGUGAUGAAAUGGACACUAGAAACAGUGGCGAAGUUCAUCGUGACACAGCUGGCACUCUUCCUGAGUCGAAGCAGAGCCAUGAAAGUUGCGCUUCCAUGAGUAAUAAGUUCAACUCUGGAGAGUACCAAGUCAUUUUGCGCAAGGAGUUGACAAAGAGUGAUGUCGCAAAUUCUGGGCGAAUUGUGCUUCCCAAGAAGGAUGCUGAGGCUGGUCUUCCACCAUUGGUGCAAGGGGAUCCUCUGAUACUGCAGAUGGAUGACAUGGUGCUUCCGAUUAUAUGGAAAUUUAAGUAUAGAUUUUGGCCAAACAACAAAAGCAGAAUGUAUAUUCUGGAAGCUGCAGGUGAAUUCGUGAAGACACAUGGCCUUCAGGCAGGGGAUGCACUCAUUAUCUACAAAAACUCCGUGCCUGGCAAAUUUAUUAUUCGUGGGGAGAAGUCCAUUCAGCAGACAAACCCCUAGACACAAUUUGAUGUGACUGGCACCAUCAGAUAUGGCGUUCAAGGAUACACCAUAAGUUCACAAUCAAAUGGUUAUUGACUUAUGUAAUGUUUCACCAUCACAUUGAGAUAAGUCAAAAAGGAGAAUCACGAGUCUGAGACACCGCGUGGAUGGAGAAAGGGAGGAAGAAAUUUUGGGAGACAUUGGAAGUGCUGCCAGUGAGCCUACAUCUAAGCUCAGAACAAGUGGUUUAUGUUUUUUUUCCCUCUAAUUCGGUCGUGUUUGGAUGCUUGAGUCCUGCAUUGCAUUCUGGAGAACAUUCGUAGUCUUUUUUUUUUGUAAAUAUUUUGGAUCUAUAAGAUAAAGGAAGCGGUCUGGAACUUACUCAGAUUCUGAUGCAGAUUUCUCUUUUCUCAUUCACUUUUACCAAUAUAUUUGUUAAAUUUGAAUUUGAAAUUGUACUAUA